AUGGCUUCUCAAUUCUUCCUCAAAACUUCCCAGGAUAUUGAGCUGUUCCAAGGAUAUCCAGAUUUCACUCAAUCGGCGACCAAUUCGGAUGGAAGUGGUAUAACAUCUUCGCUGCUUUCGCCAUGUGGCAGAUUUAUGGCUUUUGCCACUAAAGAGUCCGUGAAAAUCUUUUCUGGUGAGCUUCUGGAAAACUUGCUAAUCUCUAUCACCAUUUCUGACGUUUACAAUCUGCAUUUCUCUCCUUCAGGUAACUAUUUGAGUACUUGGGAAAGACCAUCCGCUCACGAUGACUCUCACCAAAAUGUCAAAAUAUGGUAUUUGAACCAAGAUUUUAUUAAUCAAGCAGAAGAGCAUAAGCCAGUUUUUGAAUAUCAGGCACGGACGCAGAAUGGUUGGUCUUUACAAUUUUCCAAAUUGGACAACUUUGCCAUCAAGCAAUUCGGUAAGGAAUUGAGAAUAGUAAAAUUGGAUCAAACUGCUGAUACUGAGAAAAGUUUUGAUUUUGAACAUCCAUACGCCACUUUAUCGCAAUCUCAGGAAUCUGAAUUGCAGAUGUUUUCUACUUUCUUAGUCUCUCCAGCAGAGCAUCCAACAAUUUGUACAUUUACACCUGAAAAAUCUGGUAAACCUGCUCAUUUGACCAUAUGGCCAAUAAUCGAAGGUCAAAUCACAAAGAAGAUUGUGACCAAGUCAUUUUUUAAGGCAGACUCGUGUCAAUUACAAUGGAAUGCGUUGGGUAAUGCAGUUCUAUGUGUCGCCACAACAGAUUUCGAUUCUUCUAAUAAAUCAUACUAUGGUGAAAAUACCCUAUACCUGCUCUCUUUCCAAGGUGUGAAUGGUUCUCUAGGUGGUAACUCUGUUAGAGUGCCUCUCUCCAAGGAAGGUCCUAUCCACGACUUCACCUGGUCACCUACUUCGAGGCAAUUUGGUGUCAUAUAUGGUUACAUGCCAGCAACGAUAACUUUCUUCGACUUGAGAGGCAAUGUGGUCCAUUCGUUGACAGAACAAGCAAAGAACACCAUGCUGUUUUCGCCAAGUGGUAGAUAUAUCCUAAUUGCUGGUUUUGGUAACUUGCAGGGAUCUGUCCAGAUCUUGGAUCGUCACGACAAGUUUGCCUGUGUUUCGAAAUUCGACGCAGCAAACACAUCUGUCUGCAUAUGGUCCCCUGGUGGAGAGUUCAUCAUGACGGCCACUACAUCUCCUCGUUUACGUGUGGACAACGGUGUCAAGAUAUGGCAUGUGACAGGUAAGUUGGUAUUUGUCAAAGAGUUUAAAGAAUUACUUAAGAUCGACUGGAGAUCACCACCUAAGUUCAAGACUAUCGGAAACACUCACAUCAUCAAGAACUGGGGGGAAACCUUGGACUCGAAUGUUGCAAUUGAUCCAAAGCUGCAAAACCAAUCUCAAAUACAAAUUCAUUCCAGUGUAAAGGAGUACGAAUUGAAAAAUCCAAAGAGAAACGGAAGCAACGGCAGCGCACAAAGCAAGCCCGUUGGAGCAUAUAGACCACCCCAUGCAAGGAGAGCCGGUGGAGAUUCUAGAAGCGUUCCUGGUAUGACGAUAGUGAACGCCAAGUCUACACAAAGAAGUGUACCUGGCUUGGUUCCUGGUAUGUCACCUCCACCAACAUCGAAGACUGCUGCCAAGAACAAGAAGAAGAGAGCUAAUAAGAAGAAAACUGAGGACGAGGAAAACAACGGAGAAGAUUCUAGGUCUAGUACUCCAGCUGCUUCCGCGCCACCUACUGAGGACGCGUCCGUGGUCAAGGAAGUCGCCUCUCCUGAAGAAAAAAAGAUAAGAUCUCUUCUCAAAAAACUAAGAGCCAUCGAGACAUUGAAACAAAGACAGGCAAACGGUGAUAAGCUAGAAGAUACCCAAGUCUUGAAAAUUCAAACUGAAGAUAAAGUAUUGAGUGAACUUAAAUUUAUGGGCUGGAAGGAAGAAUCUUCCGAGAACUGA